AGGAGCGGGGCGCUGAUGUCUUGCGUCUUCGAGAGCGCCUGAGCGAUUUGCGACGCCUCGAACGGGUGUCUGCGGCUGGGGCCGAUGCUGACAGGGUCGCUUUGCUGGGUCAGCUGGGAAGAGAUUUGCGCACGUCGGGAAUUCAGGUUCAAGGCGCUCGGAAAUGUCCCGAGUGUCCUGUGAAAGAUGGAGCACGACCGUUUGAACAGAGAUCUCCAGCAGAUCUCCAGCCGACUUUGCCACGCCUUCUUUUGGAAGUUGCCGCAUUGCGGCAGUUGCUGGAGGACAACGAGGUAUUGCAAGUGGAGCCGCAAAAGGUUCGAAAGGCUCCAGCGGCGAGCCCGACUUGUCAGAAUGAAGUGCCGGCGUAUCCGAGUGCAGUCGCUGCCGGUGUCCGUCUCAUUGAACGACGUAUGGCCAUGGCAGGAAAAAGGUACGAUUUCAGCAAUUUUGGGUUCGAAAGCUCUUGAGCGGCUUCAUGAGGUG